UUGCAUCUGACGCAAAACGCCACCGAAUCAGGAACCAAAAAUAGAAAGCUGCAAGAUCAAGAAGACAAAAACCAUCGAUGGCGGAUCAAAACCGAUCAGAGGAGAAGACUGUGAAAUCGCCAAAUGUGUUUGAACGAGUUAAAGAAGAAAUAGAGGCAAUGGGUCAUCAUGAAAAGUCCAAGAGUCGUCACCAUGACAAAGAGACUCAUGGAACAAGUGACGACAUUGAUGAGAGCACUCCAAUUGAUUAUGUGAAAGGACCUGGUUUCUUUCAACGACUGAAAGAAGAGAUUGAAGCUAUCUUUAAUGCUGUUACUCCCAAGCGUUCUUCAAAGAAGUGAAAUUGUAUCAUAUCUGUGUUAUGUUGUGUGUAUAUAUGUUAAUGCACAAGUGAGAAGAAAAUCUUAGAUAAACUCAGUUUCUUGUAAUGAAUCGUAUCAGAAUGUUAAGACUUGGAAUAAUGUGAUUGUUUUUGAGUUGGAGUCUUUAACAGCGAUUACCAGAAAAAGUUAAGUGACUCUUGGAUUUAUCAAUAAGAGUGUUUUAAAGUGAUG